AUGCCAGCUUCUAUCCCAUUCGGAGUUGAUCUCGGUAACAACAGCUCUGUUAUUGCAGUUGCAAGAAACAGAGGUAUCGAUAUCGUUGUUAACGAGGUUUCUAGUAGAUCCACGCCUUCGGUCGUUGGUUUUGGCCGUAAGAACAGAGCCAUUGGUGAGUCCGGAGAAAAUCAGAGAAACUCUAACUUGAAAAAUACCAUUGCCAACUUGAAGAGAUUGUUGUCUCUGUCCACCAAGUCCCCUGACUAUGAUGUUGAGAAGAAGUACGCUACAUACAACUUGGUCGACAAGGAUGGUUUUGCAGCUGCAAAGGUCAGAUUCCAGGGAAAGGAGAAGGAGUUCACUUCCACUGAGCUGGUUGCCAUGUAUUUGAACAAGUUGAGAGCAGUCACCGAAAAGGAAACUGAGGCACAUGUUUCUGACAUAUGCCUUGCAGUUCCAGUCUGGUACACAGAGCAGCAAAGACGCGCUGCUGCUGAUGCUUGCUUGAUUGCUAACUUGAACCCUGUGAGAAUUGUCAAUGAUGUCACAGCUGCCGCUGUUGGCUACAGUGUCUUCAAGACUAAUCUUCCUGAGGAUAAAUCUAAGAAUGUUGCUUUCAUCGAUAUUGGACAUUCUUCCUACACAUGCAGCAUUGCCGCCAUCAAGAAGGGAGAGAUGAAGAUUAUCGGCACUGCCUUUGACAAGAACUUUGGAGGUCGUGACUUUGACAGAGCCAUCACUGAGCAUCUUGCAGAUGAGUUCAAAGGCAAGUACCACAUUGAUAUCAGAAGUAACGCCAAGGCCUACUCGAGAGUCAUGAGAGCCUCUGAGAAGGUGAAGAAGAUUCUUUCUGCCAACACCAGUGCACCUGUCAACAUCGAGUCUGUGAUGAACGAUAUUGAUGCGCAAUCCACUUUGAGCAGAGAGGAGCUUGAGGAGUUGGUGAAGCCAUUAUUGGAGAGAGUCGAUGCCCCAGUUAAGGAGGCAUUAGAAAUUGCCGGCUUGAAGAUCGAGGAUAUCGACUCCAUUGAGUUGAUUGGAGGCUGUACCAGAGUGCCAGCUUUGAAGACUAAGUUGGCCGAGAUCUUUGGAAAGGCUCUUUCCUUCACAUUGAACCAGGAUGAGGCUGUUGCCAAAGGUGCCGCCUUCAUCUGUGCUAUGCACUCCCCAACUAUGAGAGUCAAGCCAUUCAAGUUUGAGGACAUUAACAGAUAUUCGGUUACAUACUCAUGGGAUAAAGGUGACGAGGACACCGACCAUCUUGAGGUCUUCCCUAAGGGAGGUGCCUACCCAUCCACGAAGAUGAUCACCUUGUACAGAAGUGCUGACUUUGAGAUCAAUGCCAAGUACACCAAUGCUGAAGACCUUCCAGAAGGUGUGAGCCAGGAUGUUGCCACGUGGAAGAUCACAGGUGUUGAGAUUCCAGAGGGUGAGGAUAGUGCGAUUUGUAAGAUCAAGGUCAGACAGGACCCAUCUGGCUUCUACACUAUUCAGGCAGCCUACAUUGUCCAUGAGAAGGAGUUCAAGGAGCUUGUUGAGAAACCAGAAGAGGACGACAAGAAGGAGGACGACAAGAAGGAUGAUGGCAAGAAGGGUGAUGACGACAAGGAAGGUGAUGAGAAGGAGGAGGCUGAGCCAGAAUACAGAAUUGUCAAGAAACUCGUGAAGGUGAAGGACUUGGACGUCGAGUACAGUGGCCAUGCCCUUUCAAAGGAUGCCUUGCAGGAGUCUUUGGACCAGGAGUUCAAGAUGGUUGCUGAUGAUAAGUUGGUUGCUGAGACCGAGGAUAAGAAGAAUGCACUUGAGGAGUACAUCUACGAGUUGAGGGCCAAACUUGAUGAGGAGUACAAGGACUUCGCAUCCGACAGUGAGAAGGAGGCUUUGAAGAAGAAGUUGUCUGAUGCCGAGAACUGGUUGUAUGAGGAUGGCUACGAUACCAUCAAGGCAAAGUACAUUGCCAAAUAUGAAGAGUUGGCAUCGACUGGAAACUUGAUCAAGGCCAGAUACCAGCAGAAACAGGAGGAGCUCAGACAAAAAUUGCAGGCCAAGAAGGAGCGUAGAGCCCAGAAGGCUAUGGCUGAGCAAUUGGCCAGACAGGCUGAGGCUGCUAAGAAGGCUGAGGCUAAAAAGGCCAAGAAGGAUGCUAAGAAGGACUCUGAUGGAGAUGUUCCAAUGAACUAA